AUGGCUCUGAGCCAUCUUCGGAAGCGCGAACGCAUUCAAGUUCCCGGCCCGCCUCACCGCCGUCCUUACUCCUCCUCUGGCGCUCGUGCCAGCAGUUGUAUUCUACGGUUGAGCAUUCCGGUCCUUAAGCUUCUCAUCCUGUUUACCGCGAUCCGAAGCAGCGUAAUUCAAGCAGGAGCGCAGGUGGAAGCCGCUUUGUCCUUCAGUGACGUGAUCGACGAGUCGCCUCGCCUCCGCCUGGACCACGAGAGAGAGUUCAUAUCUCACGAGGUCGGCUCCCCCUCCGCCACGUCUGCUUAUGCGGACAGCACCGCGGGUCCGUAUUCCGCGUACGCCGACCGAGAGCAAUACCCUGCAGCAACAUCACCACCCGAUAUAAAAACCACCAGAAGCGGUUCGAGCUUGAUAGAUGACGCCUGGGCCGACGAUAAUUUUGACACCAGGUGCGCGCCUCACGCGUCUGCGGCGUCGCUGGUGCCGCAGCUGCAGUCGGAAGACGAGUGCGUGGCGGACCUCCGGGGCUUCCCCGCGCUCGACGUCAAGCAGCGCGACGUGCGCCUCUUCGCAUGCCUCGCGCACCGCUACCUGCAGCCGUGGAUGGGCAUUCCGGGAAUCAAGGAGGGGCUGGGAGCCCGAGGCAUGAUCGCGCCGGGUUUGCUGAAUGCAGUGGCGAAGAUCGGCGGGGUCAUGUCGUGCUCCGGGCACGUGCGCAUAGUGAAGGGUGUCAUCUACUUCCGCUACGGCGGGUUUGAGUUCGAGUGGUACCGCAUGCGGCGCUUCGUGGUGUCAAUUCUGAUGAUCCAGGAGGCCAUUCGCAUGUACGGGCUCACCUCGCUCAACGCCGAGUUCUUUCUCAACACCUGUGACUUGCCGGCCAGCACGGCGGGGUCACGCGCCAAUGAGAAGGCGGGGCUGCCCAUCUUCAGCCCGCAGGGGUCGCUAGGGUUUGUCGAUAUUCUCUACCCCGACCCGGUGGACCUCUCCAUGCACUACUACAGCGAAGACAGUGGCAAGAUGCCGUGGGAGCGGAAGAGGAACAAGGCAGUGUUUAGAGGCGCUGCCACAAACUUCAAGAUCAGACGACCCUACCAGUGGAGAGGCAGUCCCAGAUUUAGACUGCAUCGCAUGUCGGAUGUGCGGCCUGACCUCCUGGACGCCCGCAUCAUGCGACUCCACGCCGCAAAAUACAAAGACCUUUUGUGGAAGGACAAGAUAGUGAAGGGCAGGGCAUUCAAUCGGUCGCAGCUGCAGUCGUACAAGUACGAGCUUGUAGUGGAUGGAGGUUCAGGCACAUGCCGUACAUGUGGAGUCAUGGCCAGUGACCAACUGAUGAUCAAGCAAACAUCAGAGCUGUAUCAGUUCUUUGGUCCCCUGCUCUGCCCCUUCCGCCACUUCCUGCCCACGGCCCGCUACUUUGCGGACCUCUUCUCUCGCAUUGAGUGGGCUCGGGCCAAUGACCAGCAAGCACGGAAGAUCAACAAGGAGGCAAACAAGGUUGCAAGCAUUGCCUGCAGCUGGGAGGGAAGGCGACUGUAUUGGGCCAUUCUCCUUGUCAAAUACUCGGCAAGUGCCAUGGAGGAUCCUAGCAAGGUCAAGGCACCCGAUCAGCUAUUUGAAUGCAAGUUCCCACCAAAGCAGCAGGACAUUGAGCCGCCUGCCAUGAGAGGGUGGUUGCUCGCGUUUGUUUGUGUGGCCGUCUCAGCAGUCGUGCAGGUGGCUGCAUCUCCAGCGGUCCUGUUCCUGGAUCAAACUCAAGGCUCUUACUUUAACCGCGUCUCUGGAUCUUCAGAGGUAGCGGCUCUUUCAACGACUGCAACAGUUGCCGCCACCGCUGCUUUGCUUGGUGUGUCUGUUCCUUCUAACAGUGAUGCUGGCAUUUCUGCGCAGUUGAACUCGUUGCUGAUUCCGGAUCCUUUCAAUCGUCCCCGCUCUGUUUUUCUCCUCACCCUUCCAGGAGUUGAUUCUUCCGUUUACAGCAAUGCCACGACUGGAUCAGUGCAAGUGGUACAGUCCCGCGUGCUUGCACCGACCUCGGGGGCGGUUGCAGUGGCUGAGGAGCUUGAAACAGAGAUGAUCGCUCUUUACAGAUCUGCCAGGUUGGAAGGAUUGAAGAUGGAUGUUGCUACCUGCGGUUGGAAUAACGCCGAUUUGGACGUCGCGGUCGAGGGCGCUGUUGCUGCCUCUCCAUGUGACGACGUUUGCCUUGAGCUCCUGAUGUCUUCGGCAUCAGUGGGGGAUGAGGCGUCGCAGCAGCUGCGCCGUGUUUUAAACACUGCUCUUGAUGCCACUAAGGAUGCUGAUUCCAACUUUCUGGCGAACCUGGCAUGUGUUGUAAGGGCUAUGCGCUCUGCCAGCUAUGAUUCGGCUGCUCAUCCGCAUCUCCUCGUUGCAUCUCUCGCUGGUUUUCAGGAGAAACAGGACCCACAGUUUGCAUCCACACGCUUGGCUUUCGUCCUUGCUACUAUUUCUGCUCACAUGUCUUCUCUUCGAUUAUCAAACAAGGGAUCAGUAGUUGCAGAAGUGGUGCUGGCGGGAGCCUCCUCAGCGCAGGCAGCGCCACAUCUGUUGCUGCAGCAGGUUGUGUUGUCGGGAGAUCAGCGUCCCGGAGCUCGUCAGCUGCGUGGUGUGGUGGCUGCCUCCCAGGUCGCACAGGCACAGGGGUUGGAGACCCCUGGUGAUGUCCUUUCAACCGCCAUCCUCGUUGCAACUGUCAUUCUGCUGAUUGUUUCACUCGUCCUCGCUACUGGCUACCUCUUCAACAUGCCCGUCACUCGUGACACCCUCUUGUACUCCGGAGGGCCGAAGAUUGACUAA